UUGACAGCUCUUCAUAAAACAAAAACAUCAUUGUUAUCAUUGCUCAAUAAAAAGUCUAUUCGACAGGUGUUAUGUUUAUGAUAGGUUUAUUCACUUGCAUUAAUAAUGUGAUAUAAUCUCAUGAAGAAGAGAUGUUCUCAUCGUAAAUAUAAACAUGAGCAUAUCAGUGAACACGUAGCACUUGUCUCUAUCAAGCCUAUCUACGUGGCAAUAAUUGUCACUGAGAUAUCGAAUUAUCUUCGUUAAUGUCAUUCUAAGACGGCGGUUAACAAUUUAUAGGAAUGCAUGAAAAAAGAAAGAAGUUACAGACCAUGAGAGCUUUAAUACUUGUGGGUGGUUAUGGAACUAGAUUGCGACCUCUUACUUUAAGUCGACCUAAGCCACUUGUCGAGUUUGCAAAUAAACCUAUACUUUUACAUCAGAUCGAAGCACUGGUACAAACAAAUGUAACUGAAGUUAUAUUGGCCGUUUCCUAUCGGGCACAACAGAUGGAAGAAGAAUUGGUUCACGAGGCGAAGAAACUUGGAGUACGACUUAUAUUUUCUCAUGAACCAGAACCAUUGGGCACUGCUGGACCACUUGCGCUCGCGCGUGAAUAUUUAUGUGCCAGUGAUGAUCCAUUCUUUGUUUUGAACUCUGAUAUCAUUUGCGAAUUUCCUUUUAAACAACUUCUCGAAUUCCAUGAGAAUCAUGGUAAAGAAGGAACUAUAGUUGUCACUAAAGUAGAGGAGCCAUCAAAGUAUGGUGUGGUUGUAUAUGAAGAAGAUGGAAAGAUUCAGAAUUUUGUUGAAAAACCACAAGAAUUUAUAUCCAAUAAAAUAAAUGCAGGUAUGUACAUCCUCAAUCCAAGCGUAUUGAAUAGAAUAGAAUUAAAACCUACAAGUAUCGAAAAGGAAGUUUUUCCAAAUAUGGCUCAAGAUGGAGAAUUAUAUGCUCUGGAAUUACCAGGCUUCUGGAUGGACGUGGGACAACCUAAAGAUUUUCUUACAGGAAUGUCUAUGUAUCUUACUUCAUUGAGGCAAAAGCAUCCUGAACAGCUUCAUUCUGGGCCUGGUAUAGUAGGCAAUGUCUUAAUUGAUCCAACGGCUAUAAUUGGCAAGGAUUGUAGAAUAGGACCUAACGUCACGAUUGGACCGGGUGCCACUUUAGCUGAUGGAUGUUGUAUUAAACGAAGUACUAUUCUUAAGGCAGCUGUAAUAAAAGAGCAUGCAUGGCUAGAUGGUUGUAUUGUUGGAUGGAGAAGCGUUGUAGGACGUUGGGUCAGAAUGGAAGGUACAACUGUAUUAGGAGAAGACGUUAUCGUGAAAGAUGAAUUAUAUAUUAAUGGUGGACAAGUUUUACCACACAAGAGUAUUUCCACUUCUGUACCAGAACCACAGAUUAUUAUGUGACCAAAGACCAUAAUCUUGAAUCAGUGAAGGCAAUAAUUGACCAAAACAAUUUUUUAUUCGCUUUUAUUAUUUUUAUAUAAAAUAUGUUCUUAAAAUAUCUUCGCAUUAAAAUUUAAAAAAUAUAUAACAUAA